AUGAGGACGUCAACACUAUUCAACGCCCUGUCGGCGGCCACCGUGGUGGUAGCGGGCGUGAUGGCGAUGGAUCUCGGCGACGAGAUGCGGGCGGGGUGGAACAUGGGCCUGCUGCCUCGACAGACGGCGCAGAACCUACAGACUUUUGAGGGGAACUUGGGUGGUGUCCAGGCGUCAGCGAUUACCAAGUCAAAUAACCCUAGUCGACCGUUCGAGGUCGACGGCGACACUUUCCCCGAUUUUACCACGGCCGCGGGCAGAUCUUGCGACAACCAGAAGAAUAAGUGCUCACAAGCAGCCAACAACGGGCCGCAAAAGUUCGAGGUUACAAAAUGCGACGAGCAAGCUGAGCAAUGCAAAAAUGCAAUCGGCUCAAUUUCAAAGCAGAGCUUCGGCGAUGCCGUGUUCUCGGGCACGGUUGGAGAUUUUGACAUCUUUUGUGAUCCUUGA